CUGUUGCUCCUCCAGUAGUUGCUGAAGUACAGAAAAAUGUGUAUGUUCCACCAGCUCAGCGUAACAAUUUUCAAGGUGGACAUAGAAGCGCACCAAGAAGUAAAACUAGCUUAGAUGUUAAAAAUGAAGAAAUGUUUCCAACUCUUCAAGGCAAUAAUAAUCCUAAAAGAACUGUAGCGCCUGCUGCUAGAAAAGUUGAAACUCCAGCAUGGGCCAAGUAUCAAUGAUUAAAAGCUAUAAUGAACGUGCACAUAAAUAUUAUCUUUUAAACAAUUUUCUAAAAAAAAAAUGCAUCAUUAAAUUAUUGUUUAGAAAAUGUUCAUCAAAUAUUUUCCACGAUGAUUAUCACAAUUCAUUAUGGAAUUAUGUUUUUUGUUCAUUAGUCUUAAAUAUUAAUCGAAAUUAAAACUGUGAUCAAAUUUCUAUAAAUAUCAUAAUAUUUUUAAGUGAUAUACUAUUUUGUUAAUUUCAUUUAUUAUGAUUAUGAGUUGUAGAUUUGUAUACAUAUUUAUAACAACCAAAUCUAUUCCCAAAACUCUGAAAACAUAUUUCCGUAUAGGGUAUUUAUGUCAUAUUUAUAAUUUCAUUAAAAUAAUUGUGCGGGCACAACUAAUUAGAAAUGUCUUAAUAUAUUAUACACAUGUUAAAUUAUGUUUGAAAUUGUGUUGAAAAUGUCUAAUUCAAGUGCCUAAAAUAUUUUGAGUUGUGUAUCAUUAAAAACAAACAAAAAUAUAUCAUAG